AAGGACGCCUUCGCCGACGCGGUGCAGCGGGCCCGGCAGAUAGCGGCCAAAAUCGGGGGGGAUGCGGCUACGACGGUGAACAACAGCACCCCCGACUUCAGUUUUGGGGGGCAGAAACGGCAGCUGGAGGAUGGCGACCAGCCCGAGAGCAAGAAACUGGCAGCACAGGGGGACUCGCUCCCAGCCCCAUUGGGACCCAUCCACCCCCCACCCAGGUCGACGGUGACGGAAGAAUAUCGUGUCCCUGAUGGCAUGGUGGGACUCAUCAUUGGCCGUGGGGGGGAGCAGAUCAACAAGAUCCAGCAGGAUUCGGGCUGCAAAGUACAGAUCUCCCCAGACAGUGGUGGGUUACCGGAGCGCAGCGUGUCCUUGACGGGCUCCCCCGAGGCCGUGCAGAAGGCAAAGCUGAUGCUGGAUGACAUCGUGUCGCGGGGCCGGGGGGGGCCGCCGGGGCAGUUCCAUGACAACGCCAAUGGGCAGAACGGGACAGUGCAGGAGAUCAUGAUUCCCGCCGGGAAAGCCGGGCUGGUCAUCGGCAAAGGCGGCGAGACCAUCAAACAGCUCCAGGAGCGAGCUGGGGUUAAGAUGAUCCUGAUCCAAGACGGUUCCCAAAACACCAACGUGGACAAACCCCUGCGGAUCAUUGGGGACCCCUACAAAGUGCAGCAAGCCUGUGAGAUGGUGAUGGACAUCCUCCGCGAGCGUGACCAGGGUGGCUUCGGCGACCGCAACGAGUACGGGUCCCGCAUCGGCGGCGGCAUCGACGUGCCGGUGCCGCGGCACUCAGUCGGCGUCGUCAUCGGCCGCAGUGGGGAGAUGAUCAAGAAGAUCCAGAACGAUGCUGGGGUGCGGAUACAGUUCAAGCAAGACGACGGGACGGGCCCGGAGAAGAUCGCUCACAUCAUGGGCCCCCCCGAGCGCUGUGAGCACGCCGCCCGCAUCAUCAACGACCUCCUGCAGAGCCUGCGGAGCGGCCCCCCGGGGCCCCCGGGGCCGGGGCUGCCCCCGGGGGGGCGGGGGCGCGGGAGGGGCCAGGGCACUUGGGGCCCCCCCGGGGGCGAGAUGACCUUCUCCAUCCCCACGCACAAGUGCGGGUUGGUCAUCGGCAGAGGUGGGGAGAACGUCAAAGCCAUCAACCAGCAGACGGGGGCCUUCGUGGAGAUCUCGAGGCAGUUGCCCCCCAAUGGGGACCCCAACUUUAAGCUCUUCAUCAUCCGUGGCUCCCCCCAGCAGAUCGACCACGCCAAGCAGCUCAUCGAGGAGAAGAUCGAGGGGCCGCUCUGCCCUGUGGGGCCAGGACCAGGCCCGGGGGGGCCACCGGGUCCCGCUGGCCCCAUGGGGCCCUUCAACCCCGGACCCUUCAACCAGGGCCCCCCCGGAGCCCCCCCACAGUGAGUAGUGGGAGUUAAUGGGGGGGUUAAAGAUGAG